CCGCAUUGCGGUACAGCGACUGGGCGGAGCUCAAAGGCGGAAGUGGAAGCAACAACAUCACAAGGCCCUUUGACGUUUAAUUAUUAUGUUUUCUCUGUAGACAUGAAUUUAAUAUACCUGACGUUUAUCUCUUGAGUCCCUGAGUGUUUGCAUACAGGCUGUGGACACAUUUGACUGACCUGAACAUCACUAUGGAGGAGACCAGCCGGGAGGCGGUUGCCACGGCAGUGCAGCGCGUGGCUGGGAUGCUGCAAAGAUCAGACCAACUGGAUAAAGUGGAGCAGUACAGAAGAAGAGAGGCCCGUAAAAAGGCCUCUGUGGAAGCCCGGCUGAAGGCAGCUAUCCAGUCCCAGUUAGACGGUGUUCGCACAGGACUGACCCAGUUGCACAACGCCCUGCUGGACGUCAAAGACAUCCAGAGCUCACUGGCUGAUGUUAGUAAAGACUGGAGGCAGAGCAUCAACACCAUCGAGAGCUUAAAAGAUGUCAAGGAUGCUGUGGUUCAGCACAGUCAACUGGCCUCUGCUGUGGAAAACCUUAAAAAUAUUUUCUCUGUCCCAGAGAUUGUGUUAGAGACUCGGCAGCUGAUAGAGCGAGCAGAACUGUUGGAGGCCCACAGGAAGCUCAUGGAGCUGGAGUGUUCCCGGGACGACCUCAUGUAUGAGCAGUACCGUAUGGACAGCAAGAACACCAGCGACAUGAACCUCAUCUCCAUCUACUUUGAAGAUGUACAAGGUUUGUCAGAUGAGUUGGCCAAGCAGUUAUGGAUGGUACUGCAGAGAUCCAUGGUAACGGUUCGUCGGGACCCCACCAUGCUCGUGUCGGUAGUUCGUAUCAUCGAGCGGGAGGAGAAGAUUGAUCGGCGUAUGGUUGAUCGAAAGAAACAGACUGGUUUCAUCCCACCUGGGCGACCCAAACGGUGGAAGGACAAGAUGUUUGAGGUGUUGGAGGGCACCGUCAGCACCCGCAUCGAGGGCACCCAGCCAGUGACUAGAGAAGCUGAUAAGAUGUGGCUGGUUCGUCUGCUGGAAAUAACGAGGAGAUAUGUUCUAGAUGACCUUGUUGUUGUCAAGAAUCUCAUGGUGCAGUGCUUCCCGCCACACUACAACACCUUCAACAGAUUUUUCAGCCUUUAUCACAACGCUGUGUCCUCUCGUGUCAAAGAACUGGCCUGUGAGGACUUGGAGGCUAAUGAGAUCGUGUCUCUGCUCACUUGGGUUCUGAAUACAUACAAAAGUGUGGAGAUGAUGGGCCAUCCAGAUCUUUCUUCAGAGUGUGAUAUCAACCAGCUGGAGCCACUGCUGGCUCAGGACGUGGUGAACGAGCUGCUCAGCAAAUACGUCCAGACAUUUACAUCUAAUAUAACUGGGUGGCUGCGGAAGGCUCUAGAAACCGAUAAGAAGGACUGGCAGAAAGAAACUGAGCCUGAAGCCGACCAAGACGGCUACUAUCAGACCACGCUGCCGGCCAUCGUCUUCCAGAUGUUUGAGCAGAAUCUGCAGGUUGCUGCACAGAUUGAUGGAGACUUCAAGGAACAAGUUCUCAAGCUUUGUCUGAAACAAAUGAACUCUUUCCUCACCAGAUACCGGGAGGAAGCUGUGGUCUACAAAGAUGAGCACAUGAGGGACAGACAGCUGCCUCAGUGUUACGUUCAGUACAUGAUUGCCAUCAUCAACAACUGCCAGACAUUCAAAGAGUCCAUCAACAGUCUGAAGAGGAAGUACUCUCAGUCGUCUCUGCCCACCGAGAGUGAUGCCGCCAUAGAGAAGACGCUCAACGAGGUGGCCAAAGAUGGCUGUCAGUUCCUGCUGGAUGAAGUCUUCCUGGAUCUAGAAAACCACCUGAAUGAGCUGCUGACCAGGAAGUGGCUGGCGGGGUCUCACGCUGUGGACACCAUAUGUGUGACGGUGGAGGACUACUUCAAUGACUUCAACAAAAUCAAAAAACCUUUUAACCAGGAGAUGACCAACAAGGCCUUGCGCAGGGUGGUGGUGGAGUACAUUAAAGCUGUGAUGCAGAAGAGAAUCACCUUUAAAAAUGCUGAUGAGAGGAAAGAGGGAGCUGAGAGGAUGAUCAAAGAAGCUGAUCAGUUCAAGUUCCUGUUCGGGAAACUGUCGGCGGGUGAGGAUACAGACCGGCUCUGUGGCGCCAUCUCUGCCAUAGCUGAGGUGUUCAAGUUGACUGACCCUACGCUGCUGUUCCUGGAGGUCACCACACUGGUGUCCAAAUAUCCUGAUAUCAGGGAGGAGCACAUCCAGGCUCUGCUGGCGGUCCGCGGCGAUGCCAGCAGGGAGAUGCGGCAGAUGAUCAUCGGGACCCUCAGCGAAAACAAAGUGUCCCACUCUGGUGUCGCACAGCCCAUUUUCAAAGACAUUACUGUGCCCACCAUCACCACAACCAUGACUACCAUGACCUCCAUGGCAACUGCAAAGCUGCUGAAAUAAAACCAGACAGCAUCCCACCACCUGCAGCAGGAGGAAGAUGGUUUAAUUCAGCUUCUUGAUUUGCUUCUUCACACCUUUUACCUGUUUGAUUUUCAUACUGAUCUCAUGUUUGACUUAAUAAACCACAGCUGGAAUAAAAACC